AUGAACAUGAAAAAGCGCCCUAAACCAUCCCCCAGACUCACCUUCACUGGGCCCUACACCACCCCCCCAGACUCACCUCCACACCAUCCCCCCAGACUCACCUCCACACCAUCCCCCCAGACUCACCUCCACACCAUCCCCACAGACUCACCUCCACACCAUCCCCACAGACUCACCUCCACACCAUCCCCACAGACUCACCUCCACACCAUCCCCCCAGACUCACCUCCACACCAUCCCCUCAGACUCACCUCCACACCAUCCCCACAGACUCACCUCCACACCAUCCCCUCAGACUCACCUCCACACCAUCCCCUCAGACUCACCUCCACACCAUCCCCACAGACUCACCUCCACAACAUCCCCACAGACUCACCUCCACACCAUCCCCCCAGACUCACCUCCACACCAUCCCCCCAGACUCACCUCCACACCAUCCCCACAGACUCACCUCCACACCAUCCCCACAGACUCACCUCCACACCAUCCCCACAGACUCACCUCCACAACAUCCCCACAGACUCACCUCCACAACAUCCCCACAGACUCACCUCCACACCAUCCCCCCAGACUCACCUCCACACCAUCCCCCCAGACUCACCUCCACACCAUCCCCCCAGACUCACCUCCACACCAUCCCCACAGACUCACCUCCACACCAUCCCCCCAGACUCACCUCCACACCAUCCCCCCAGACUUACCCACCAAUUGCUCUCCAAACGCUCCCGAGACAAACCAAUGUCUGCUCCUGUUCACUGUAGCCCCACCAUUCACACAUAA